CAAGACAAGACGGUAUAAAAAGAGUUGUGAGAACAGCCCGCUCUUAUUAACUGGAAUAACCGAAGCACAACAGCACGCCAACACAUAUCAGCACCAGAAAAGUUAUUACGAUGCCAACUAUAUUAUCAUCUUCAACUGAAAUAAAGAACAUGAACAAGGAGGAUAAACCAGUCAGUCCUAGGAGACAAGACAAGUGGCGGUUUCGUUGCCUGUUGACAGACAAAUUGAACCCUAGUGAGACUCUGCUGUGGUCCCAGUCAUUGGAAAACCUUCUUAGAUCCAAAUAUGGCAUGGCAACAUUCCACACCUUCCUCAAAUCUGAGUUCAGCGAUGAGAACAUUGAAUUUUGGCUGGUAUGCGAAGACUUCAAAAAAAUCAGGAGUUCCUCCAGACUACCCUCAAGGGCCAAGAAGAUAUUCGAGCAUUACAUCAAGGCAGAAGCUCCCAAAGAGAUAAACAUCGACCACGUCACGAGAGAUCUUAUCAAGCAGAACGUCCAAGCUCCCACCAGAGUGUGUUUCGAUGAAGCUCAGAGGAUUGUCUACGGUCUUAUGGAGAGGGAUUCCUAUCCCAGGUUUCUUCGCUCGGACAUGUACAGAUCACUCCUGGAAUCAGUCUCACAGCGGAUUAAGGUCUGAGAACAUCUUGAAUGAAGGACUUUAGGACUCCAAACACAUCUGAGGGACUGUUGGAGCAAUGGACAAGAUGGCCGUGGAGUAAUCUGGCUUUGUGGAGAUUCAGGCCUGGACUUGGGUUGCACUGGACAUUGUGAUCCACAAAAAAGCUUGAAUAAGCUAUUGUUUAUAUGUACUGUAUUGCACUGCUCUAUUGUUCUGUGUGGCUGUGGGACAUACAAAGACAAAUGAGCUUUCUGUACAGCUCACCUGUGAUGAACCACAGGAGAUCUCAAACGUGCUGCAACCACAGGAACACCAUAUGGACCUUAUUUAACUUUAUUACUUUGAUGAGUGUCAAAUCUGGUUAGCAUGAAAUGCCUCGGGAAUAAUACUAAUGACAUUUUAAUUCUUUAAUAUUAACUCAUUACUCAAUGAGCAACAACAAUUUCAUGGACAUGAAAUGAUCUGUAAACAUACAACGUACAGAGCAAAUGUAAAUCCCACUGUUUUUGUGUCCAGUGGGGAACUUAUGGGAUAUUCUCACAAUAAUAUGUAUAACACACCUAGCCAUUUAAAUUUUUUACUAAGAUUUCUCAUUUGGAUAUUAUUUCAGGAGGUCAACAAGUGAUAUAAAAAGUUUGGCUUGUGUUGCCUGGAUGCAUCAACUCAUUUCUGAAUGGCAAAUUAAUGAUGGACUUAAAAAAACGUGAGAUCCAGAUUGUCUGGAUGUUCAUUUUUAAGAGCCGUUUAAUAACUUAAUAAACACAACUGUAAAUAGAAAGUCAUUCGUUGU